AUUGUUCAAUUCAGUUAGUACUUGCUAUUUGAAACAUAUCGGAUUGCUUCUUACUUUAUAUUUUGCAGUUGAGCCUGAAAUCAGUACGAAAGUGUUCUUGUUUGCGAUUAUAUCUUAUUUACGUUAAAUUAUUAAAGCUCACAUAACAUAUAAAAUAGAAUGUUUAUAUUCGUAAUGAGCGAAAAUAAGGACAGUUUGAAAUUGUUUUAUGAAAGAAACAGCUUUUUCUCUUCUUAACAAUGUAAAAAUUUUGUGAUAAAAUUUAAACGAAGCUCUAAAAGGCCAUUGUCAAUUUUCUCAAAGUAAGUAUUAUUCCUAUUUUCUUUACACGGAUACAAUCCGAUUUCAUUGGCCUAAAAAUGUGAUAAUUUAAUACAAUUAAGCACAAACGAGAGCUGAACUGUAUAAUAAUUAAGGAAAAGGAUAUAGUAUUGAAGAGGAGAAGACAGGGUCCUUCGAUAGAUAUGUGGAUUGCAAUCUUAUUACUUAAGACUUAGCUUCAAGGUUACCUUUAAUAUUUACACGAUUCGGUGAAUACUCUCUAUUCGAAUAAUGAUAAAAAUCUCAGAAAGAUUCUUUCGUUUUAUUGUUUUAUAUACUAUACAUGAUAAAAUCUUUAUGAUAAGAAUAAAGUAAAUGCAAAAUCUCUUAAAAGUUUCACUCCAUCGUUCCUAUCAGAUUCUUUUAUAGUUAGCCAACAUCUUAACGCUGAAUAACAUAAUCUAAAAAAAUAUAGAAAUAAAACAUUAUUCCGUAGAAAAUAUUAAAAAGUAUAUAAAAUAUUAUCAAAAUACAAAAAAAUUAUUGAUCUAUUUGAGUAAGCUGCUAGUUUCAACUUUUUCUUAUCUGAAUAUUUUUGAUAACAGCUUGAAUAUUCUAACUAUAUUGUUCAAUUUUUUUUUCCAGACAGUCUUUUUUUUCUGAUAAUUCCUCGUUCAAAAUGCCUCUAAAAAUCUUUGGAAGAAAAAAGGGUAAGGAAAAAAAACAAGAAUACGAAAAAGAUGCCGCAUUAACAGAAGAAGAAGCAAAGGCUAUACCGCAAUUAACAAGACGUGAUAGAAACGUCUCGAUCUCAAAAUCUGGAAGGCACAAAAUGCAAAAAGGCAACAGGAAAAGUGUUUUGGAAAACGAUAUCUUUCAAAGAAGUACAAAAGGAGAGGAAGGUAAUGCCAGUGACGCAACAUCUGUGUCUGAAAGUGUGACUUCAACAGGCAAUUGCUCUACUACUUCACAUGGAUAUUAAGACUUCCUGCAAAUGCAUUUUUUGAUGAAAAAUUGUGUACAUUGUUUUCUUGCAGAAACAUUUCCAAUGCAUAUAUCAAUGAAAACUAUACUCAUUAGAUGUAUAAUUUACUUAAGUAACUAAUAUGAAUAUUGUUAUGUGCCAUUUUACAAAAAUAGUAAUGAUUGAAGGAAGGAAAUAGAAGCUUGUAAAAAAAGAAAAUCGAAACAAAUACAAGUUCCUAUUCAUAUUUCUCACUAAUAUUAACUUUCUUUCUAUAGAAUAUUAGCAAUUCUUUAUCUAUAAAAUUAUAAGAUGUUUCAGCCUAUAAAUUGUAAAAAAAGAAAUACUGUAAGGUAUUGAGAUUCAACGUUUAUAACUUAUUAAAAAUAUAAAACUAUCUUUUAUGUAUUAAGUUUAGUAUAUUGUAUUACUUUUUAAAUUAAAUGUCAUACACUUA